AUGACCGACUUUAUGGUCGGAGCCAUCCACCGAGUCCAUGUCCCUCCGCGUCGAGUCCACGACCUGCUCCAUGACCCACACGCCGACUUGGGCCACCUCGCCCAUCAGCUUGGCGAGGCCUGGCCCGACGCCCUCACUCUCAUCUUUCCGCACUUUGAUCCGGCGCUCUUGCCGGCGAUCCUCGGUGAGGAUGGAGAUGGCGAUGGCGAUGGUCCGACCGCUGCGGCUGGGCCGAGCCUUGGCCGUCUCGCUCGCCGAGACUCGCCUGCUCUCGCCCUCCUCCGCGCUGCGAUCAACGAGCCGCUGCUGCCGGCCGCCGGCUGGCUGCUGCCCGAGGCACGUCCGGCAGCACGGCGCAGGAUCGACGCUGCCCGAGCCCGCACCCUCGCGCCGGCUGCUCGUCUGCCGGUUGCGCUGUGGAUCGCUGCUCGCGAUCUUGGACGUGCCGUGUCGGGUGACGGCGACGACGACGACGUGGUGUGGGACCACUUUGCGCUGCAUCCGCUCAUGGACGAACGUUACUCGCCGGUCUUGGUCGCGCACGCGCUUGCGCUUGCCUUUCAAGCCGGUCUCGCCGCCUUUACCGCCCGCCAAGUGCUGGUUGAGCAGCGGUCGUUCCGCAUGCUCUCAUCGGAACCCUCGCCGUUUAUCGCGUGGGUCGCUGCGCUCUGGAGCCUCGUGUUGGGCUCGAUCGUCGCCUCGCCCGCCACGAUCGUCGCCCACACCACGCGGUGGGUAGCCGUUGCUGUCGCCGCUGCCGACAUGCUCGCCUUUGGUGUUAUGGGCCCGAUUCUGGCCUCACUUCACGACGCCUCGAUUGCCACCCUGGUGCGCGCUGUUCUGCCGUCCAUCCCGGGCUAUGCCCGCCUCAGCGAGCUAGUCGGUCCGUCGGGCUCGCGCCGGCUCCGCGCUGCGCUGCGCAUGCCAGACUCGCUGGCUAUCGCCUCGUCACUGCGGAUACUCAAUCGGCGGCUCCUGGCGCCCUGGCCAAUCGUAGACGGUGGCAAUGCCGGCUGCCAGGAGUCGAAGCCAUGCCUCCUACUGGAGCUUCCGGCCGAGCUGCGUGUCGCGAUUUUGCAGCUUCUCGACGCGCGGUCGAUGCUGGCAGUGGCGGCGACGUGUUCGGAGCUUUCGGCAGCUGUCGAUGCCAUCACCCUGCCCAAGGGCAUAUUUCGGCAGCUGGUCGAUGUCGGCGUCGAGUCCGAGCGCGCCGCCAAAGCUGCAGCAGUUGCUCGCGAGAUGAUGGAUGCCGGCGAAUCAAGGCGGGACGCCGUCGAUGCCGGCAUCUGGCAGGCGCUUGGCACGCUGCCGUGCUACGGCCUCGUUAUGCGCGACCUGCUGUUUGUGCUAGACACUGCGGCAGGUGUGAUCAACACCGCUGCCGAGACACUCGACUUUGAUCAGGCUGGCAACGCUGUGGCGUGCCUCUCUAUCUUUGCGCGUGCGCUUUCGCUCCCGCUGAUGACGCCCGCUGUCGCCACCGCUCUCAAGGCGGCGCCAGCCGACGAGUCGCUCGAUAGCGGCGGGACGAGAUCGGCUGUCGCAACGCCGCUUGUCAGGCCCAGCACGGACGCGGUGUUUAUGCGAGCGCGGGCUAUCUCACGCCAGUGA